AUGGUGGAACUGAAUCAAAUCCAUGGCUUGAUGAUCAAAUCCUCAGUUAUCAGAAACAUCAUUCCUCUAAGUCGACUCAUAGAUUUCUUCACUACUUGUCCCGAGACUAUGAAUCUCAGCUACGCGAGAUCAGUUUUCGAAAGUAUCGAUUAUCCAAGCGUGUAUAUAUGGAACUCGAUGAUCAAAGGCUACUCAAACAGUCCAAAUUCAGAUAAAGCAUUGAUCUUUUACCAAGAAAUGCUUCGAAAAGGGUAUUCUCCGGAUUAUUUCACGUUUCCUUAUGUGUUUAAAGCUUGUUCUGUGUUAAAGGAUAUUCGAUUUGGGAGUUGUGUUCAUGGAUUUGUUGUGAAAACAGGGUUUGGAGUGAAUAUGUAUGUUUCUACUUGCUUGCUUCAUAUGUAUAUGUGUUGUGGAGAAGUGAAUUGUGGUUUAAGGGUUUUUGAGGGUAUUCCAAAGUGGAAUCUUGUUGCUUGGGGAAGUUUGGUUUCUGGGUUUGUGAAUAACAAUCGGUUUAGUGAAGCUAUUCAGGUGUUUAGGGAGAUGCAGAGUAAUGGUCUGAAGCCAAAUGAGACUAUAAUGGUGGAUCUUCUGGUUGCUUGUGGUAGAUGUAAAGAUAUUACUACUGGGAAAUGGUUUCAUGGGUUACUUCAAGAAUUAGGCUUUGAUCCGUACUUGCAGUCAAAGUUUGAUUUUAAUGUGAUAUUGGCUACAAGUAUGAUUGAUAUGUAUGGGAAAUGUGGAGAUUUGAGAACCGCAAGGAACCUGUUCGAUAGAAUGCCUAAGAGAAAUUUGGUUUCUUGGAAUUCCAUUAUCACAGGGUAUAGUCAGAACGGUGAUGCAGAGGAAGCAAUGCGUUUGUUUUCAGACAUGCUUGCUUUGGGUAUAGCUCCUGAUAAAGUAACGUUUUUGAGUAUCAUCAGAGCUUCCAUGAUUCAAGGAUGCUCACAGUUGGGACAAUCGACUCAUGCUUAUGUAUCGAAAACCGGCUUUGUGAAGGAUGCUGCCGUAGUUUGUGCACUUGUGACUAUGUAUGCUAAAACCGGUGAUGUAGAGAACGCAAAAAAGGUAUUUGAAGAUCUGGAGAAGAAAGAUACGAUAGCUUGGACCGUUGUGAUCAUUGGAUUAGCCAGUCACGGACACGGGAAUGAAGCAUUGAGUAUAUUCCAGAGAAUGCAGGAGGAAGGUAAUGCUACACCUGAUGGAAUCACAUAUCUCGGGGUAUUAUAUUCGUGCAGCCACGUAGGUCUGGUCGAGGAUGGACAAAGAUACUUUGCAGAAAUGAGAGAUCUUUAUGGAAUAGAACCAACGGUUGAACACUAUGGAUGUAUGGUUGAUAUAUUGAGCCGUGCUGGUCGUUUUGAAGAAGCAGAGAGAUUGAUAAAGACUAUGCCGAUAAAACCCAAUGUGAAUAUAUGGGGUGCAGUGCUGAAUGGUUGUGAGAUACAUGAAAAUUUUGAUCUGGCUGAUCGGAUAAUAUCCGUGGUUAGUGAAUCAGAAGAACUCGGUAGUGGAAUCUACGUUCUUCUAUCUAACAUUUAUGCUAAAGCGGGUCGGUGGACCGAUGUGAAGGUAUUGAGAGAAUCCAUGAAGUGCAAAAGAAUAUCUAAAGGUUUAGGUUAUAGUUCUGUUGAAACAAUGUUCUAA